AUUUUCAGAAACUAAGAAAUAAAAAAUUUUAUGAUUAAAUUAAUCGUCACAGUAAGUCAUUUAAGCUAAUUCAUUAUUCACUCAUGGUUUAUGUAUUAAUGCGUUUUGGCAUUUUAUCCUGGAGAUUUAAAAGAAUGCUUAUGGAAUUAGGUGAAAUAUUUGACUAAUUUUUCUAAUUGGGCAAUGUUUACUUAUUUAGUACCAUUUGUUAUAUUUGAUAUCAAAAAUUACAAUGCAUCAAAAAUAUAAGAUAGAUAUCCAGAAUUUGUGAAUCUUUUGUUCCAAGGACUUAAUCCAAUUUUAUUUAUAGUUAUGGCAACUUAUCAAAGUUUUAUAUUAAUAGAUCCCAAACUAUUAGUAUUAGAUGGAUUUAAUCCAACAGAAUGGUAAUUAGUCAUUCUUGCAUACUUGCAUCUUGGAAAUUGGCUUUUAAUGUAAGAAAUCUUUAGUAUAUUUAGGUAAAUAGAGUAUAUCUUGUAUGAACAUUAGAAAGUGGCAAAACUUAAAUUAUUCGCAUUUUUUUCUAUUUAUACUAUAAUAUAUUUAUGUAUAUAUGGUAUUAAUAAUAUUUAAUUAAUAGGAUGUUAUUUUUUAUCAAAGGGAAGACAUGUUUAUGGUUUUUAAAAAAAUUUAAGUUUACCUGUAGUCAUUGUGGUGAACAUAAUUUAAUUUUUAAUAUUAUUUUUAAUAGAUUUUGUGUAUGGAAAAGUGACAAGAUCAAACACUUUUAAGAAGUACGUCUUUGAAAAUUGUUUAUCAAGUAAUAAAAGUGAUAUAGAUUAAAAGAAAAAGUAGUGA